AUGAAUUGGGCAUUACUUCCAAAGUAUAGUGAAGAAUAUAUAAGAGGGGUGAAAGAUUUUGUGUCGAAUGGUUUUGCAAAUUUUGGUGUAGGAACUGAACUUAGGUGCCCUUGUAAGAAAUGUAUUAAUCGGUUCUGGCACUCACGCGAUGUCGUUCAAGAUCAUCUUAUAUGUCAGGGGCCAUAUCCAGAGUUUGUCAACUGGAUAUAUGAGAUUUCAACUUCUAAGUUCAAGAAAAUCAGUGAUACUAGUGAUGAUAUGGAGUGUGAUCAGGGGGGGUUUGGUUUGGGGGAUGAUUUUGAUGAGAUGAUCCGUAAUUCAUAUAAAAAUGACAUUGACACUAGUGGUAAAAAUCAGAUGAACAAAGAUGCAAUUAAUUUUUAUAGGCUAGUGGAGGAGGGCAAACAACCUUUGUAUCCGGGGUCGAAAACUUUUACUCGUUUAAGUUUUGUAGUUAAACUUUACAUGUUGAAGUGCACUUGUGGAUUUACCGAGUCAGCCUUUAGUGCAAUACUUGAGCUGAUAAAAGAGGCCUUCCCCAACUCAAAUUUGCCUCCUUCUUUUAGUGCUGCGAAGGGGAUGAUUAAAGAAUUAGGCCUUGAUUAUGAGAAGAUACAUGCAUGUCCUAACGAUUGCAUGCUAUAUUGGGCUAAAAAUAAAGAUGAAAAUAUAUGCAAAGUGUGUGGAGUUUCAAGAUGGAAAGCUGUAGAUAAUGAUAAAAAUGAUAUAUUAGAGAAGGAUGAUAGGAAACAAUAUAAAGUCCCUGCCAAAGUUGUGAGAUACUUUCCGUUGAAACCUAGGUUACAAAGAAUGUUCUUGUCUAAAGAAUAUUCUGAACUCAUGACUUGGCACGCAACGGGCCGAAUAAAUGAUGGAAAGUUAAGACAUCCUGCUGAUGCCAAGGGCUGGAAGUCAAUGGAUGCAAGUCAUCCAAAAUUUGCUCAAGAAAAUCGAAAUGUUAGGUUGGGGUUAGCGGCAGAUGGGUUUAAUCCUUACCGUACUAUGAGUAUAUCUCACAGUACUUGGCCUGUGAUGCUAGUUAAUUAUAAUUUACCACCUUGGUUGAUUAUGAAACCUGAGAAUAUAAUUCUUUCAACUCUGAUCCCUGGUCCUACACAGCCUGGUAAUGAAAUAGAUGUGUAUUUGCAGCCACUUAUAGCUGAGUUAAAAGAGUUGUGGGAAACUGGUAUAGAAACAUAUGAUGCCCACUUUAACAACACUUUUACCUUGCACGCGAGCCUGUUAUGGACAAUAAGUGAUUUUCCGGGGUAUGGGGUUUUAUCAGGUUGGACCACAAAGGGAUACCUUGGUUGUCCCGAAUGUCACUAUGAAACAUCAUCAACCUAUUUGAAGCACAGCCGUAAAGUUUGUUACAUGAGCCACAGAAAAUUCCUACCUCCUGAUCACAAGUUUAGAUUUGACACCAAAAGAUUUAACGGGGAAGUUGAAACAAAUCUUUGUCCUGAACCUUUAUCCGGAAAUUUCAUUGUUAGACUUCUGGGUAAAUUUAGGAAUAAUUUUGGAAAGCUGAAGGGUAAGAAAAAAGAUGCAGAUUGUCCUUGGAAAAAAAAGUCGAUAUUCUUUGAGUUACCGUAUUGGAGUGAUCAUUUAAUUAGACAUAAUCUAGAUGUGAUGCAUAUAGAGAAAAACAUCGUCGAUAAAAUCUUAGGAACUUUGUUAAACAUUGGGGGCAGAACAAAGGACCAUCUAAAUGCUCGUCUAGAUUUGCAGGAGAUGGGGAUUCGUAAGAUUCUUCAUCCUGUGAAAUCUGCUGAUAACAAUCACUUUGAAAUUAGGGCAGCUUGUUUUGACAUGACCAAAAAAGAAAAAGAAGACUUCUGUUCAGUGCUGAUGAAUGCUAGACUGCCAUAUGGAUGUGCGUCUAAUAUCAGCCGGUGUGUGCAAUUGAAUGAAAGAAAAAUUUCUGGUUAUAAAAGUCAUGAUGCACACUUUCUUCUUCAAUACCUACUUCAAUUUGCUGCCAUCAAAACCUUAAAACCUGAGGUCGCGAUACCUUUGAUUCGACUUGGUUCCUUCUUUCGGGGCAUAUGUGGAAAAGUAAUACAGUUAGAUGACGUAGAGAAGUUGCAAAACGAAAUCAUCGAAAUACUUUGCCAGCUUGAAACUAUCUUUCCCCCGGCAUUCUUUGAUAUUAUGGUUCAUCUGCCAAUUCAUUUAUGUAAAGAAAUUGAAUUUGGAGGACCUGUGCACCUUAGAUGGAUGUUUGGGAUUGAAAGGUAUUUGAGUAAAUUGAAGUCAUAUGUUCGUAAUAGGAGCAAACCAGAAGGCUGCAUAGCUGAAGGGUACAUGGUUGAAGAAUGCCUAACGUUUUGUUCUAGAUUCUUAGCUGAUGAUAGCAAAAACAAAUUGAACUCUAUGAAGUCAAAUGUUGGAAGUCAUAUUGGUUCAAGGCGAAACAAGGAUGGAAAACCUAUACAUUUGGCAGAAAAGAUAUGGAUUAAUGCUCAUCGAUACGUAUUGUUCAACUGCGGCAACAUGGAAAUAGAGCAACUUAUAGAGGAACACCGUUCCUUAUAUGACAAUCAAGUGAAGUCAAAGUUGUAUAAAAGGGAAAGAGAACACACAAAGGAAUUUUAUAACUGGUUGAAGGAUGAGGUUCAAAAAAAGGAGGAAUGCUCACCUGAACUAUUAGCUUUGUCAAAGGGGCCUCAACGAGCAGCAAGAAAAUUUAGUGGUUAUAUAAUUAAUGGAUUUAGAUUCCAUACAAAACAAAGAGACGGGAAGUGUACGACACAAAACAGUGGUGUUUAUUUGACCGCGCAGACUACUAGUUUUGCUAGUACUAAAGACAAAAACCCCAUUGUUGCAGAUGUUAGUUACUAUGGAGCCAUUGAAGAAAUUAUCGAGGUUGAUUAUUGGGGAGCAUUGUCAGUAGUUUUGUUUAGAUGCAUUUGGUACCAAAAGGAUAAAGACUGUCAUGGAUUGACAAGGGUCAACUUUAACAGAAUUUAUCAAAAAGAUGACCCAUUUGUUUUAGCUACACAAGUACAACAAGUUUUCUACAUUCAAGAUUGUUCUGAGAAGAACUUGUAUUUUGUUGUUAAAAAACUGCCAAGGGACUACAAUGAUAUGGAAGACGAAAGUGAUCCACUUGAAGAAGUUAGUGGACCUACAAUGCAGCAAGAACUAAUUUUUCCUGUAAAUACCCUACCUGAUGAUGAUAGUUGGUACAGAGAUGAUGUGCCGAAUAGACAAAUCCCUGUUACUCCAACUGAAAUGGAAGAAAAUGAUGAAAUCUGCGAAUGA